AGACGGCACCAGGGCCAUAGUCAACAAAACACAACAUGCCUUCUCACCUCUCUCUCAUCAACGCCGCUUCACUCUCUUCCCUCUCGUUCUGCUCCCUCCGUCGCUCCCCUAAUUUCCAUUUCUACCCUUCUGCUUUCUUCUAUUCCCAAUCGACUCCUCUUCGCCUCUCUAGCGCUUUCCGCCGCGCUUCCAGUGGCCGCGCUUCCAUGGAUUUACCCGCGCAGGACCUCCCUGUUUCUGUCCAUUCUCUGACCCAGGAUUUGAAGAAUCAGAGCCUCGAAAGCCAUUCUACUGCAGAUACUGAUCGUAAUCAUAGCGCGAAACCACGGUUGAAGCUGGAAGAUCUGAAUUGGGAUCAUUCCUUCGUCAGAGAAUUGCCUGGUGAUCCUAGGACCGAUCUGUUUCCGAGAGAGGUGCUGCAUGCUUGUUAUACCAAAGUAUCACCGUCAGCUGAAGUAGAUAACCCCCAACUUGUAGCAUGGUCAGGAUCAGUUGCUGACCUCCUUGAUUUGGACCACAGAGAGUUUGAAAGACCAGAUUUCCCCCUUCUGUUCUCUGGUGCAUCAUCUUUGGUGGGAGCGUUGCCUUAUGCUCAAUGUUAUGGAGGACAUCAAUUUGGUAUGUGGGCUGGGCAAUUGGGUGAUGGUAGGGCAAUUACACUUGGAGAGGUCCUAAAUUCAAAGUCUGAAAGAUGGGAACUGCAACUCAAAGGAGCUGGGAAGACUCCUUACAGUCGGUUUGCUGAUGGUCUUGCAGUGUUACGUAGUAGCAUCAGGGAGUUCCUUUGCAGUGAAGCAAUGCACCAUUUGGGCAUUCCAUCAACUCGUGCCUUUUGUCUGGUGACCACGGGAAAGUUUGUCACAAGAGACAUGUUUUAUGAUGGCAAUCCUAAGGAAGAACCUGGUGCGAUUGUUUGUAGAGUUGCACAAUCUUUUUUGCGUUUUGGUUCAUACCAAAUACAUGCCUCCAGAGGUGAUGAGGACAUGGGUCUUGUUCGUGCUUUGUCAGACUAUGCCAUUAGACAUCACUUUCCUCAUAUUGAGAACAUGAGUAAGAGUGAAAGUUUGUCUUUCAGCACUGGUGAUGAAGAACAUUCUGUUGUGGAUCUUACUUCAAACAAGUAUGCUGCAUGGGCUGUGGAGGUUGCUGAGCAUACUGCUUCCUUGAUUGCAAGGUGGCAAGGGGUUGGUUUCACUCAUGGGGUGCUGAACACUGAUAAUAUGAGCAUUUUGGGUCUCACUAUCGAUUAUGGUCCAUUUGGCUUUUUGGAUGCUUUUGAUCCAAGAUUUACCCCCAACACUACAGAUCUUCCUGGUAGAAGAUACUGUUUUGCAAACCAGCCAGAUAUUGGUUUGUGGAAUAUUGCGCAGUUCGCAACAACUCUAUCUGCUGCUAAGUUAAUAAAUGAGAAAGAGGCUAACUAUGCUAUGGAAAGAUAUGGAACCAAAUUCAUGGACGAAUAUCAAGCUAUAAUGACCAAAAAACUCGGCCUGCCCAAGUAUAAUAAGCAGCUGAUAAGUAAACUUCUUAGUCAUAUGGCUGUUGAUAAAGUUGAUUACACAAACUUCUUCAGGCUGCUUUCCAAUCUAAAAGCAGAUACAAGCAUUCCAGAUGACCGGUUAUUGGUUCCACUGAAGUCAGUUCUGCUAGAUAUUGGUCAGGAGCGUAAGGAGGCCUGGACUGAUUGGGUGAAGGCUUAUAUACAUGAGCUUUCAACCAGCGGCAUUUCAGAUGAGCAGCGGAAGAUCUCAAUGGAUUCUGUGAAUCCGAAAUAUAUUCUCAGGAACUAUCUCUGCCAGACCGCAAUUGAUGCUGCAGAAAUGGGUGAUUUUGGAGAAGUCCGUAGAUUGCUUAAAUUGGUGGAGCGUCCUUUUGAUGAGCAGCCGGGAAUGGAAAAAUACGCUCGCUUGCCCCCAGCUUGGGCAUAUCGACCAGGUGUAUGUAUGCUUUCUUGUUCUUCAUGAGUCGCUCUUUCACUCGGAUAUUCUAUAUACUUCAAAUCGAACUAAUUAUAAACUAUAGAUGAGGGGAAAAGUAGAACAAGAAAAGAGAAGGAAAGCAGAGAAUUGAGAGUAUUUAUAUUUAUAUUGUAUAUAGUAGUCAAAUUCUGUUCUGUUUAACAAGAUAUAAAAUGUGUGGGCUAUGGGUUACAUGCCAUUUGUUUGUUUUAAGGUUUGAAGAAGUGAGUAAUAUAGAUGCAUUGGUUACAAUUACA